AUGCUGGCGGCGCCUGCAGAGUGCUGGGAGGAAUUCCGGGUGGUGUUUGCGGCGCGGGAGGGCGUGAAGUACGUGACGAUCGUGGUGGCGGGGAAGGAUGACCGGUUUUGGGCGGGGGAUUAUGGAGCCAAAGUUAGUGAGUGUGCUGUCAGGGUACUGGGCGGGGCGGAGGAGAGGGGCGAGAUGGGGCCGGAGGAGGUGGCAGCUGCGGAGGUGGAAGGCAGGGAUGAGCUGAAUCGGAGGCUGUUCCGGACGCAGGAGGGGCCAAGGCGCGAGGGCCGUCGGCUAAGGUUCAGGGUGAAUGAUGGUGAGAUUGAUUGGAGGUUUGGGGGGAGCGGGUUGAGGCGGGGCUGGUAG